AUGCCACAUGUGUCACAAAUUGACAUUUUGGAAAUAUUAAAUGGUAUUUCAGACCAGCAGGCAUUUGAUUCAGACUUUGGAGGCGACCGUGAUGCCGAAGAUGUGCUUUGUGUUUCAAGUGCAAGUAAUACACCAACUAGUACAACCAGAGGUAGUAAAAGAAAAAAUGCAUUUAAUGGUGGUCCUUCUACAAGCCCUCUCUCAUCUUCCUCAUGUAAUAUUAAUUCACAUGAUGACUCUAAUUUAUCAACCAUUUCUUCAGAAGUGCCUAAAUUAUCAAGACUUAGAUCCAGGAAAUUAAAAUCUGCAAUUAAUAGCAAUGCCCUAAAAAGCUCAUCUGGCUCUGAAGUUGAUGACAGUGAUUUUGAUCCUUCAUAUGAACCGAUUCCACAUAUAGAUACAAAUGAUAAUAUAUUAGCAGAAAAUAGUGACAAUGAAAAUAAUAUGUUAAAUAUAUCUGAACCAUUAAAUAUAGAAAAUAUGGACCUCUUAGUUGAUUUUAUUGAAAAUUCAGAUGAUGAUUCUAAUUAUAUAGAAGAUAAUAAUGAAAAUAACAUAUUAUUUAGUUUUUCAAAAGACCAACCUCUUACAUCAUUAUCUUAUGACUCAUUUGAUUUUAAUGAAUUUUAUGGACCUAAUGUGUUAGUAGACAUUAAAUCACCAAUGCAAAACUUUGAUAUAUAUUUUUCUGAUUUUUAUCAAUAUAUUGUUGACCAAUCUAACUUGUACUCAAACCAAUGUGGCAAAAAUUUAAAUUUAUCUAUUAUUGAAUUUAAAGCUUUUUUGGGUAUUCUUAUAAUAAUGGGGUUUCAUAGAUUACCAAGUUUACGCCUUUAUUGGAGUGCAAAUGAAAAUUUUUAUAAUCACCGAAUAUCAAACAUUAUGACCCAAAAAAGAUUUUUAAAUAUAUUACGAUAUUUACACUUAAACGAUAAUAGUAAAAUGCCUAAAAGGGAAAGUUCUACAUUUGAUAAAUUGUACAAAAUUCGUCCAAUGAUAGACCAUUUAAAUAAUGUUUAUUGUACAAGUUUUUCUCCUGAUAGGAUUUAA